CUCGGCCGGACUCUCGCUGCGCAGGCGCAGUGCUGGGCUCCUCGGGCGGAGAGUUAGUCUCCGUGGUGUCAUUUCUGCGCUUUACUUGUACAGCGGGGCGACAGGUAUGGCGGAGGCGAUGGAUCUGGGUAAAGACCCCAAUGGGCCCACUCACUCCUCCACUCUGUUCGUGAGAGACGACGGCAGCGCCAUGUCGUUUUACGUGCGGCCCAGCUCGGCCAAGCGCCGGCUGUCGACGCUCAUCCUGCACGGCGGCGGCACCGUGUGUCGGGUGCAGGAACCCGGAGCCGUGCUUCUCGCCCAGCCCGGGGAGGCGCUGGCCGAGGCUUCGGGAGACUUCAUCUCCACGCAGUACAUCCUAGACUGCGUGGAUCGCAACGAGAAGCUGGACCUGGAGGCCUAUCGGCUGGGCCUGACGGAGCAGGCGUCCGAUCCGAAGCCCGGGGCUUCCACCGAUGGCUCCACGGAACCGGAGCCGCAGCCCCUGACCGGGCGCAUCGCCUACACCGACGCGGAAGAUGUGGCCAUCCUGACCUACGUGAAGGAGAACGCCCGUUCGCCCAGCUCGGUCACAGGCAAUGCCUUGUGGAAAGCGAUGGAGAAAAGCUCGCUCACGCAGCACUCCUGGCAGUCGCUCAAGGACCGCUACCUCAAGCACCUACGGGGCCAGGAGCACAAGUACCUGCUCGGGAACGCCCCGGUCAGCCCGUCCUCCCAGAAGCUCAAACGGAAGGCGGAGCAGGACCCCGAGGCGGCGGAUAGCGGAGAGCCACAGAACAAGAGAACGCCAGACUUGCCUGAGGAGGAGUGUGUGAAGGGAGAGACCAAGGAGAAUGGAGAGGCAGGCAACAAGCAGUUUGAGGAAGCCACUCCGGAGUUUGGAGAAGCCGUGGUGGAUGAGAGCCCUGACUUUGAAAUACAUAUAACGAUGUGUGAUGGUGAUCCACCCACACCCGAGGAAGACUCAGAAACACAGCCAGACGAGGAGGAAGAAGAACCGAAAGUUUCUACACAAGAAGUGGGAGCUGCCAUUAAGGUGAUCCGGCAGCUAAUGGAGAAGUUUAACUUGGAUCUGUCAACAGUUACACAGGCCUUGCUGAAGAACAGUGGUGAGCUAGAGGCCACAUCCUCCUUCUUAGAGUCAGGACGGAGACCCGACGGUUAUCCGAUUUGGUGUAGACAAGAUGACUUAGAUUUGCAGAAGGACGAUGACGACAGGAAAAAUGCACUGGUCAAAAAGUUUGGAGCUCAGAAUGUUGCUCGGAGGAUUGAAUUCCGAAAGAAAUAAACGGACAAGAGGAUGGAAAAGAUAGGUGAUGAUGUAAGCACCUGUGAUCAUUGACACCGACCAGCAGGCGAUCAUGUCAGCACCAGUGACCAGUGACCCCGCCGGUGCUGCUGUAGCCAAGCAGUGUAAGUAGCAGGAUAAAACAAAAGAAACUGGAAUCAAGCCGGGCGUGGUGGCGCACGCCUUUAAUCCCAGCACUCGGGAGGCAGAG